AUGUCUAAGAGAUCUGCCGAUAGCUCUGCUGUUGCAAAAUUUAUUAAGAAGCACAAAAAUUCUAUUCCUAACCCAGUUGACUAUGAAUCUGGCAUAUCCAAUUGCAUUUUGCGUGUCCCAAUCUCAUUAUACGUUUCUGUCGCUCCAAUAUAUGCCAACAACCCAGCUCAAGGUGUUAUGAAGCAACAUCUGAAUCCAAUGGUGAUGAAAUAUAAUCCUAAGGUGAAUGGUGUGGUUCUAGGUUAUCAAAAUGUUAGAAUUUUAGAUUCUGAUCCAAGUAAUCCGCCUGAUUCUCAUGAAAAAUUGAUUAAAAUAACAGCCGAUACUCCAUUUGGCUUUUGUUGGUGCAAUUGUGACAUGUUUGUAUGGCAACCGCAAGUUGGAGAUAUAAUUGAAGGUUGGUGUUUCAUUCAAUCCGUUUCACAUAUUGGUUUAUUGAUACACGAUGCUUUUAAUGCAAGCAUUAAUAAAAAUUAUAUACCAGAUGAUUGGACAUUUAUACAAAAUGAGGAGCAUUUCGAUGAUUGGGAUGAAACUGAGGAAGGCGAAACUGAAAACACUUCAAACGAAGCUGGCACUACUAAACAUAACACAUCAAUGGGCCAUUGGGUUGAUGGAAAUGGUGAAAACAUCGAUGGUAAAUUAAAGUUCAAAAUAAGAAACGUUUUCACAAAGGGUAGAGUGAUUUCCAUCGAUGGUACAUUAUUAACAGAUAAUUAUGAAAAUGGCGAUGCUAGUGUGAAUAAUUUGAAUGGCGUUUCAUCAGAAAUUGAAAAUCUACCAGUCGUUUCAAAUAAGAAGAUUAUUUUUGAUGAAGAAGUAUCAGCUGAAAACACUGAAAGUCACAAAGAUUUAGAGUUACCUGAAGUGAAAGACAGUGGUGAACAAUUAGUUUAUGAAGAAAAUUCAAGUGGUAGUGAUGAAGAUUCUAGUGAUAGUGACUAG